AUCAACUUUGCAACUAAAAUUCCAUCUCGAAAAUUGAUCUUGCCAGUUAUUCUGAGCAACGAGCGUAAUAAUCCUCAUUUAUACCCAGGAACGAACGAAUUUACUUUCAUUCUAAGAUAAUUACUCUUGAAUAAGCAACAUGGAUGUAACAAUGGGCCAGGCGGGCCCGGCCGAACCUCAACAGAUUCGGGUCAACUUCACGACGACAUCUCCAGAUCUUCAAUUACCAGAAGGCCGAACACAAUUACUCGUUCCAGCAGAUAUAAAACGAUAUGGUCUUUCUAGAGUUCUUAACUCCGAGUCCAUGCUCAACACUACAUCUCCCAUUCCUUUCGACUUCCUCAUCAAUGGAAGUUUCCUCCGAACCUCAUUAGAAGACUAUCUUAAAGCCAAUGGGCUUUCCGCCGAAACCACCAUAACAGUACAAUACGUCCGAAGUUUGAUACCGCCCGUAUAUCAAGCCAGUUUCGAACACGACGAUUGGGUUAGCGAUAUCGAUGUAUUAUCCGAAGCCUCGCGCGCUGGUCUCUGGUCCGGCGACAAGUUCGCUACGGGCCAAGACAGAAUUCUAUCUGCAUCAUACGAUGGUCUUUUAAGAAUAUGGAACAACUCAGGCAACGUUAUCUCUACCUCAGCCUCCAGCAGUUUAGGCGGCCAUAGUGCCAGCGUUAAAUCUGCUAAAUUUCUAUCCUCAUCGCAAAUCGCAUCCGCCGGUCUCGAUCGCACGGUCCGGAUAUGGAAGUACACCGAAUCCGACGACCACCUCUCCGGUACCAUAAAACCAACCCUCGAGCUUUACGGCCAUAAAGCCGGUAUCGAAUCCCUCGACGUUCACGGACCAACAGGGCGCGUCCUGAGUGCCGGUGCCGACGGCAGCAUCGGCUUAUGGACAACCUCUAAAUCCACCGCGCCCGCCGCACCCGCGAGCUUACUCCCAGGUGCCAACGCAUCCGCCUCCAAAAAGCGCAAAAUCGCCUCUACCGUACCUCAACGUGGAUCCCUUUCUCUUCUCCAACCCCAUACCUCCUCCGCCUCCGCCGCAAUCUUCGAUCCUGCCGAUGCCACAGUCGCAUACUCCGCGUCGCAAGACCAUACAAUUCGCACCAUCGACCUAACAACUGGGCGUGUGGAAAGUGUAAUUACGACAUCACACCCCCUCCUCUCGCUCUGCGCUGUAAAGCGCAGCAGCGGUACCCUUCUAGCAGCCGGUACAUCAGCGCGCCACGUAACCCUCGCAGACCCGCGUGUUAACGCCGCAACUACAUCCGUAAUGACGUUACGCGGCCACCGGAAUAUGGUCUCCUGUGUCGCCGCCUCACCACACGAUGAUUACAGUCUAGUCUCCGGCUCCCACGACGGUACAGCAAGAGUAUGGGACUUACGAAGCGCGCGCGCAGGGACGAAAGCCGAGGGUGGAGGUGCAGUUGGUGAGAGUGUGUAUGUGAUUGAGCGGGAGAGCUUGAAGAGUAAUAAGAGCGCGAAGAGCGACGUACCUGGACGUGGCGCGAAGGUAUUUGGUGUCGCGUGGGAUAAAAGUUGGGGGAUCGUGAGUGCGGGUGAGGAUAAGAUGGUACAGGUUAAUCGCGGGAGGGAUUUGCUCGCUGCAGAGUAGAGAGGGAGAGAAUGUUGAUAGAGGUGAGGUGGUGGUUAUAGAGAAAAUAUGGUGAAUAUACCCCUAUUGGAUCUGAUGUUUAUGUGCGUUGCUUUAUGUAUGCCUGGGUGAUAUAUAUGACCCUACUUUUUAAACAUAUAGACCAUACUGAAUUAAUGUUGAAAGCCAAAUAUUGAAAGUA